ACCUGUGGACAGAAAAAAAAGAUUCAAGUGGUCAUAAAACAUCAUAAAAGCCCUGAUUUACUGAGGUUCAGUUUUUUCUAGAGCAGAAAAACAUGUCUUUAAAAAUGCUUUGACUUUUUAUAAAAAAAUUUCAAUAAGUUUCAGUGUCCAAACAUGUUUUGACCAUAACUUUUCACAGAGUAGAUAGAGGUUUUUAUGCAUUGGGUCAGGGUUGAACUAUGUUGUUUGUGCUCACAAAGGAGGAAGGUGGAUGAAGGCUGAACUCUGUGCUGAAGCUUGUAAACGACACUAUAAUCAUGUGACAACAAAAGUGUGUGACUGCAGUCACGGGACUCGUGUUAAAUUUAACAACAUCUUAGAAUCAUCCUGACUAGGAACAAACUGAAAAGACUAGAAAGAUUGGGCAUCUUGUUCUACAAAGACUAACUUGUAAGAAUAUUUAAUUUGCUGUUAUAUUUUAUUGGUGACUCCUCCCAACAUUUAUUGAAACGUCUGAGCAGUCUCGCUUUCAAAAGGCAUGAGUUUCAACAAACACCUUUGAUUUUCGCAACUGUUCGAUGAUCAUGGCUAUUUUAGAUAUUUUGCUGGACCUCAAUUUUUAUUUUCUGUUUAAGGGUCUGGUAGUCUCACUGCUCAUUUAUUUGGUCUAUGUAUCGAUUACAAGGUCCAAAGUAUCCAGGAAGGAGCCACCAGGACCCACACCACUUCCUUUAUUAGGAAACCUGCUGCAGCUUGACCUGAAGAAACCCUUCAACACAUUUUUGGAGUUCUCCAAGGUUUAUGGAUCAGUCUUCACUGUGUAUUUUGGAUGCAAAAAAGUUGUGGUCCUGGCAGGAUACAGGACAGUGAAGGAGGCACUUAUCAAAUAUGAUGAAGAGUUUGGAGAAAGUGAUGUGGUGCACAUUAUGGAUGAACUCAACAGAGGACAUGGUAAGGACACAACAGGUUUGAAUUAUUUGGGGAAAUUGUUGGUAGCAACCAAUGGUGAAACUUGGAAAGAAAUGUGUCGCUUUUCUGUGACUAACUUGAGAGACUUUGGAAUAGGCAAGAAGGCAUGUGAAGAAAAACUCAUUGAGGAAUGUUACUAUCUCAUUGACGUUUUCAAAUGUUACAAAGGUGAAAUCACUGUCAUCAAUAAACAGUUGAUAAAAUGUUGGUUUAAACAAUACUUCAUUUAUUUUUGCUUGUUCUUUGACUCAGGAGAAGCUUUUGAUACAAGAUAAUCCUUAAACUUUGCAGUCUCCAACAUCAUCUCCUCCUUGAUCUACGGAAGCAUAUUUGAAUACGAUGAUCAGGAAUUUACAUUAAUGGUUGAUUGAAUGAGCACAAUGAUCAAAGUUUUGAGCUCCCCCUCAAUCCAGGUAUAACUCUAAUUUUUUCAGUUUCAUAUAGUAUUUGAACUGUUUAUUUUUUUAUUUGGAAUCAAAAUUCUCUUUUACAAAACAAACAGCUGGGCUGUGUCCAAAUUCAGGAGCUGUGUCCCUCAAAGGACCUGGCCUACCCAGUCUAGGUGGGCCAGGUCCUUGGUUGACCGCAAGGACCGGUAAAAAGUGGCUGUGAAUUUGGACGGUCUCAUGGGCAUAACCGCCAUAGGUACAGGG